AUUAUUUAUUACGAUUGCGAUAAACAAUAGUAAAAACACAACUUUGUUCGAAAACUUGUAUGCGCAACAAGUGACAUACAAGCACUAGGCAACCAAGACAACCGCACUAACAAACAUGUGCGAACUGGUAGCUACGGUAGUAAACCACGUGGUCUCUCAUAUUUGUAUACCUACUUUCGUCACUAUGACACCCAAAACACUUGUCCAGGAAACCAGUUACCAAGGCAGCGCCAGUAUUUGUACUGCUUCAACAAACUUCUGAAGCCCACUGUGUUUACAUCAGAUCCGCGGAUACUUUUCUAUAUCAAAGUCAAAUUUUCUACCACUUAAAGUAUGUAGAUUUUUAACGGUUUAAUAACUAAACCAUGGAACUUAGUUUGUAUGGGUCACAGAUUAACCUAGCGACUCGCGAAAAGACUGCAUCUACAAACAAUUAUUUGCAACUCGUAGGAACGGGUGGCUACCGUCCCGGAUCAGCCUUCAAUAGCCGCCCUUGUCCGGCUUACAUAAAACGCCCCUUAUCAGCAGACAGUCAAAUACAGCGGAAAUCUGCUUUCACAGUAGGUUCAAUUCCUGGGAGCUGUUUGUCGAAGCGUAGCACUUCAUCGUCCAGUCUCCUGAAGUCCUUGCUGGCUGAGCCGAUCUCACGUUACUGGGGAUCAAAGACACUGACAGGCGGUCGCUCAACAAAACGAAUGUCAAAAAUAAAAAGUAAAAAAAGAAGUAGCGUUGUCACUAAGAAAAAGACAGUGGAUUGUAGUACAGAAGAGGAUAGCAGCAUGGAUGAUGAUACGCUUGAAUCAAAUAAUGAAACUGAACUAGAGAAUAUCUGGUCCGGAAAUCAACUAAAAAUUUCGCUUGGAGUUGACAAAAAACCUCCACUCCCUCGAAGUAGUACACGAAAGUCGAUCUCGAAAAAACAAAACAAUAAUUCUCGAUUAGCAAAUAGUUCAAGAAUACCACAAAAGAUCGAUUUACCAGGUAGAGUUUCGUUCAGCUCAAACGACCCUUACGAAGUUGACUACAGCGACUAUGAUGAGAAUGAUUUUUCAGCUGAAAAGCCAAAUCAGUUACAGGUGUCGCUCUCUAAUACACAAUCAUUUCAUGAUAACCAGCAAUUCCAUGAUUUAUUACUGGAGGAAGAUAAACCUACACGUAAUAAUCCAUUGAAUUCUGAAGAUAAUUUCUCAACCUCCGAUUACAAGACUGAAAAAAAUGUAACAUUUGGAUCGACAAAAGAGCCGUUAGUUGAUGAAAAUGAGUCAAGUAAAAUAAUUGAAGAAUAUAAAAAAGAAAUUGAAGACAUAAACCGUAGAAGAGAAAUUGAGUUGAAACUGGUCCAAACGGAGAGUUCUAAGCCCUACGAUCCGAAAACGUACACCGUGGUUGAAGUGACAGAGACAUUUGAGGAGGAAAUAUAUAAGAUAGCCGGUACAGAUGAUAAGGAUAUGAUAAACGAGAAACAAUAUCAAGCUGUGGGUGGAGCAAAAAAGGAUGUGAUUAAUGAAUAUUACGAAUGCAUUAAUGAAAUCAUCAACCAACAGAAUAAUAAAACUACACAAAAUCAUAAAGAGGACAUCAUAAAAAUGAAUCUGAACAAUGAUUCAAAACAGAUUCCAUUGGAUAAACACAUCCGAUCGAUAAAAACCAAUUCGAAAUUAGGUACAAUGGAUAAAAACAAUUUGGAUAGUAAUUCCAAUCAAAUAAUCAAAAACCAAUUCAAAGUUAAAGAACAAAAUUUCAAUGAUUCGAAAUCCAACAGAUUGAAUCAGAAAAAUAACUUAAUUCAUAAAAAGAAUAGUAAAACAGUUGAGAAAUCAAAAUCAGCUGAUAUUCAAAAAUCUAUCCUUAGAAAUUCUAAGAAAAACGGUGCGCCAAGUAGAUUCGAGGGCUCACUUUGUCGACAGGAUAGCAGUAUCUCGGAAUUUCAGAUAGAGAAGAUUGUCAGCUGGAUGUCUUGCAAUGAAGACUCUAACCAUGGGCGAUACGAAACAACGGAUAUGGUGGCCAUGCGAGGUAUUUUGGAAGCAGAAGACGAAACCAAAGUAUGUUCGCAGACUCCAAUUGAUCCUAAUAAAACGACCGAUGAUGAGUCCUGCUGUAAUUUUGACCAUGGUCAAAGUCGAGAAACAGCAGGAAGUGCACAGAGUAAUUAUGACGAGGAGUCACUACUGGCAAAUGAAAUCAUUAAACCGAAAUCUGAUUUUCAGGCUCUUAAAAACGAAGUCGAAUAUCGAUUGAGCAAUAUCCUCGACUCAAGUGACUCACCGGAUAGUGUUGGACAUCAGACAUUCCAACAUGAACAGAACGAUAAUAAUAAGGCUAAGGAUCUGUUCUUGUAUCUCGAUCAGGUGGAGUUAAAAUGUGAGAAGGUACUUAAAACGGUGGCUCCAUCGGAAUCAGAUCGGUCGGAAUUUGAAUUUGCAGCAGAGCCGGAUUACAUGGAAUCAAUUCCAAAAAUGAAUGAUCUUCUGGAGGUACCCAUUCAUCAGUUGGCUAGGCGUGUGAUAAAACUUUCUCUGCGUGCUAAUGAGCUGAGUAAUGCAAUGCAUCUUUCGAAAGAUCACGUAUCGAAUCUGAAGGCCGAUAAAAUGAAAGCACUCCGAUUAGAGAAGGUGGCCUUUCUGAACAAGAUGAAAGAGCAGAAAAAACACUACGAGGAUAUCAUCGGUCGUCACCAAGAGUUCAUUGAUCAGUUGAUAAAAGAUAAGUCGGGACUUUGUGAGAAGGUCACACAGAUGACACGAAGAAUUGAGUCUCAAAAUCAAAGCUGGGAGCAUCGAUUGAAGACAGAGUUGGAAAGAGCAAAAGAUACCGCACUUGCAGCCGAAAAAAUUAGACGCGAAAAAUGGGUUAGAGAAAAUACUAAAAAAAUAAAGGAGUUAACCGUAAAAGGCUUGGAACUAGAAAUCAACAAAAUGACGGCAACUCAUCAAAAAGAAGUGGCAGAAUUGAAACGACAACAUAAGGAUGAAAUUAUUUGCACGAUUUCGGAUCUUAAACUGCAGUACGAACAGAAGGAAGCUGAUAUUCGGCAAAUUCUCCAAAAAGAUAGAGAUGCUUUCAUCGAAAGGGAAAGACAAAGUCUCCUAGAAAGGUUUGAUAAACAAGUCAACGAAGAACGAUCGAUAUUCGAACAGCAGCGUCAGCAUUUGCUGAGAGAAUUCGAAAUUGAAAAGGAAAGGAAUUUGAAGGAGCUUAAGAAUCGUAAUCAGUACUUUGAAUCUCAGAUACAGGAAUUGAAGAGCGAAAGUACUAAAAAUUUGGAAUUCGCUCGCAAAGAAUAUAUUCAAAUGCUUAAGGAUCGGGAGAACAAGCACAAGGAAGAGCUAGCGAAAUUACAGAAUCAACUAGAAGCAGACUUUUCAAUAUGGAGAAGAAAGCACGAAGAAAGUGCGAAACACACUAUGGAAGAAAGAGAAAAUACCAUCAGACAGCAACUGAGGGCGGAAAGAGAUCAACAAAUUGAUAAAAUUGUCGCUAAAGUUGAUGCUGAAACUCAAAAAUACCAACAGGAUUUCGAUGCCAAAAUGAACCGUAUUAAGGAGAAACACCAGGUGGAAAUGCAUGAACAAGAAGCAACCGAGGCAUUACUGAAGCAGAAACAUCAGGACACACGAGCCAAGCUAGCCGAAAGUGAAGCGACCAUACAGAAUAUGAAAUCUUCUGUAAAGCAACUCGAAUUGCAACUGAAUCAUUCGAAGAAGUUGUGCGAUGAAUUGCUUCGCGAAAAAGAAUCUAUGAAAGAAGAGGCUCGAAAGGAGGUUCAAAACGAAUUAUCAAACAUGCAGCUUGAUCGUGAGCGAGAGAUUGAGAAAAUUUAUUGCAGGGUCCAACAAGCAAUCGACAAAAAAGAUGUGACGAUUGCAAAUUUACAGAAAGAUGUCAAUUCAUUGAAGGAGCGUUGUCUUAAACAGGAUGCCAUAAUUCGACAGCAGCGAAUCGAUUACUGCAUCAAAUAGGUUAAGGACAAAGUAUGAGUAGAGAAAGAUUAGUUGUUAACUGAUCAAAAAAAAACAAUAGAUAAGUAAAUUUGUGAGUCCGUUUUCCAAACAAAACCGAAAAAGUAGUAAACUCUUCUUACCUUACCUUUCCUGUUGAUUACUGUACCAAGCAUGUG